CAGAGUAUUAAAAUCACUCGCGCUUAUGUUCAGUCAGUGCUAGAGCGAAUGGAAUUGAAAAUGCAUUAAGUUUUACCGUGUUCUGCUCUUCGAUUGUUUAUUGUUUACAACUAUUCCGCUGCAGUUUCAUAACUUGUAAUUUGACAAAGUCGUGCAAAAACAGCUUGAUGAAUAUUUGUAGCAGUUUUACAUUAUUAAAAGUGCUAUAAAUCACAGUAGCGAUUUACAAGUUGGCAACAAUACGUUGGCUAAGGUUAAUACACUGCGUUGGAUUUUAGCUAAAUGCUAGCUCGCUGCUCCAGAACGACGACCAGGCCGAAACGCAACCAUUUAUUUCGACAUCAAAGUAAUUUUAGUUAGUUUCAUUUGCCGAGGCGAAUGUACGACGUUUAAUUUGGACGGGCAAACGGAACGGCAUGAAUUUCUAAAGAAUUCAAAGCGGAAGAAGGAAAAUGUCUCAUGGCAUUACAAUUAAAGCAAUCAUACACAGAGAGUUAAGGAGAGCGCGAGCGCUCAAACGCCUAAAAGAGAGUUAAUGAGUGCGGUGUUUAUUUAAUAAUAAUAAAGACUACCUCUUCAUGUGCUGGCAUGUAGAGUCAACAUAUAUGGAGCACUGCUGCGCUCAGCGUUACAAGCACACAUACAUAAAUACAACGUGGUACAUUCGGUGAGACCGGCAGUUUUAGAGUCAGAGUCAGAGUCGGCCGGUACGUUGAUUGGUUUGGUUCGUUGCGUUUUCGGAAUGGUUUGAUUAUUGGAUUGAAUUGACUUGGAUGGGAUUGACUUCAAUCGAAUUGGCAGUUGAUCAAAUCGGAUCUGAUCGCAGUGGAUUGCACAUUCUAAAAUAUUCCAACAUACAUACUUACAUAUUUACAUAUAAACGUAUUUAGAUACCAUAAAAACAUACAAACAUACAGUUAAAAAGUGCGUGAGCCAUCGCUUGUUGGCGAAGUGUUUGCAGCCGAAAAGAUAUUGCCAAUUUGUGUUUGUGGGAAAGUGUAAAGUGUAUAAAUAACGUGAAAAACGACAAAAGAACAUUUGUGUGUGUGUCAGCAUGCAAAUAUGUAUAUUUGGUGUAAAUCACCUGAAGUGUAAUUGAACAUUUUCGACGGCUUAUCAAACGCACAGCGCACAUACACACAUACGCAAACAUAUUUACGCAACCGACACGCAUACACACAAACACACAAACGGAUAGAGGUGGAGGCACACACGCGCCCAUCCACCCACCAGCCAGUUUGAUAAACGAAGAUUUGUGACGUCGUCGGCUGGGCUGUCGUGAUUCGUGAAUGUGCCACUGCGGAUAGCGCUCGCACACAAGCACACACACACACUCAGGCGCGCUCACGCAAGCAGCUCACACGCACACACUCAUGCUGCUCACUGAAAUACCUUGGCAUUUCGGUGAGAGCAAACUUAGUUGCGCAUACAUUUGUAUUUUGCGAAUUCUCCCAGCCUCUUUGAGUCAGUCAGCGAGUGAGUCGUCGACUCUUUGCAAUUAGAAGAAGCGUCAAGUAGACACGAAGAAGUGUGGCCGCAAGCAGCAGCCACAAGCGAGCUUCGUUCGUACCUUGCCCACUCAUAGUAGUGUGGGUAUAGAUUUGCAACAGGGCAAACGAGCAACCGAGCAACCGAGCAACAGUGCAACAGUUUUGGCGAAGUUGCGUCUCCAGUUGCAGCUGCCAUCGUCGGUCGUUCGUUCUCUGCGUUCUCGUUGUGUUGCUGUGACUUUGCGACACUUUGUUUGUGCGUGUGUUUUGUUGUUUGUUGUCAUCUCCGUACGCCGUACGUAGCCGGCGGGGCGCAACGUGUAAACUGGCGCAAAUGCCGCUGCGGUCGUCGCCGCUGCCUGCUGCAAAAUGGAAACGAACAAUGUGCAACUUUGCCGCAUCUGCAUCUCAACGAAUGUGGGCUGCACGCAAAUGAUUUCGAUAUUUGGCGAAGAUUCGCUGUGGCAGAAAAUCACCACAUUGGCCGAUGUUAAGAUCGAAAAAGGCGACACCUUACCGCAACAGGUGUGUGUGACAUGUGCCAAAAAUGCAAUAUCCGCAUGUCUCUUCAAGAAGAAGUGCGAAGAUGCUGACAAUUUCUUUCGCCAGCAAUUGCUCAUACAAAAGUUCGAGAAUCGCACGUCGACUGGCAGCAAUGCGGCGUCCGCGCAACCGGAAGUCGACUCCACCGAUCAAGUGCCCGAAGUGGCCGCUAUGGAGAGCUAUGGCGGCAGCGACGGCGAGGGACCACACGAUCAAACGCAUAUCAGCGCCAGCGCACACUCGAAUGGCUUAAUGAUCGAAGAGGACGAUGGCGAAAUAAAGUUUCCGUACGCAAAACAACCGUUCGACUUUCAUUCCAUACGAUUAAUGCACGAGUACAUGCAACAGCAGUUGAGUAAGAUUAACGGUUCACAUAAGAGCGCCGGAGCUGACAAUAGCGGCGCGAAUUCGGAUGCCGCUGCUGAUGACGAUGAAGAGGAUCCACUACCGCUGAUGCCCGAAGUGCAGCUACUAACACCAAACGAUGAAGUGGCGGUUGUCGGUGGCGCUAAUAACAACAACAUACCUGCUUAUGGUGGCGUCGAACAGCCGGCGCUGCGCGGCUACCAGUGUCCGGACUGUUUCCAGAUUUUUGAAAUGAAGCAAAUACUCAAGGCGCACAUGCAGAGCGUACACGGCACACAGGGUCCCGUUUAUGAGUGCACGAAUUGCAAGAAGACAUAUUUCUACAAGCGAUUCCUGGAGAAGCAUGUGCGGCGCGGACGUUGCGUCAAGAAGCGACGCAAUCAAACGCGGCCGAUGCAGUGCUCCGAUUGUCAUGUGCUAUUCCCCACCGGGCACCAUUUGGGCUGGCAUAAACGCACAGGUUGUCCGUCGCGGGCCGCAAAAAUGCCAUUACAACAGUUGCUGAAGCAGAACAUCGUUGAGUACAACAACUUUCCGAAACGUGUUGGCAUACGUAAGCCCGAGAAUGCGCUCUAUUUGCAUAAUAGGAAACUUCACAUUGCCAAUAAUAAACGCAAAGGACGCACUCGCAUCAAAUUGGAUUCGAAGAAAAUUGCACUGGCAAAGCAGCUUAUACUGCGAGAAGCCACCACUACCGUUAUAGCCAACGAGUUGAAUAUUUCGCGCACCUUUGCUUGGCGUCUUCGCAAGAGUCUUGUGAACGGGGUCAGCCUGCAUGAGCGUGUCAUCGACAACAAUGGCGAGGAGUGCGACGAAACGGCAGCUCAACCGAUGGUAGCCGACAGCACUGAGGAGCUACCACGGUUAUAUCCCUUAGCACAACCGUUAGAUCAGUUCGCGCAAAUGCAACGCAUGGUGAAGCAGGAGAAGUCCGAGAGCGACGAUGAGUCCGAGGAAGGCGAAAGCGGAAAGGUAGAUUCUAGGCGUGAAAACGAAGCUACUGAAGCCGAGCAGCAAGAAAAUAACGAAGCACAUGCUCGAACGUUGGAGGUUCCGCGCGACCAGUUGCAACACGAACAAUAUGCAGCAGCAGCGGAGAAGCAACAGUUGCAGGCUGAAGAGUCAGCGUUGACUGCUAAGCUCAUGGAACAACAGUUAUUACAAUUACAACAACAACAGCAGCAACAGCAAAGUCUUAACAAUGCGAAUAAUGCGGAGGGCGAUGACGAUAAUGAUGACGAUUCUGACAGUGACUCCGAUGAUUCGGAUGACGAUGACGACGACGACGAUGACGAUGAUGAUGACGACGAAGAAGAUGAAGAUAACAAAAAUGGCGACGACGGCGAAGAGACUGAUAAUUCUGUAGAAAAAAGCGAUGAUGCUAAGAAGACGGAACAAGAUCAAGCACAAAAAUUACAAAUACAACAACGUGAACUAGAACAAAACUAUCAGCUCCAGCAGCAUAUUCAACACCCACAAAGUGUAAUACAAACAAAUGCAUCACUUCCACAAUCACUAAUGGAGGGUGCCGUGGCACCGGGGCUAAUAACACCGAAGGACUUGAAUGGACUGCGUCAACAGUUGUCGAAUCACAGUAAGGAGUGUGUAGCUCAGUCAGUGAUCACUCAAUUUCCGUCCGCAGCCGCCACCGCCGUUCACCAACUUCCAGUGAAUCUAUCAAUUCGAACACCGCAAGGCGCACAAAACAACGAAUCGCCAAACAAGGAGACUCCAACGCCUGCCACCACAGGUCAGACAAAGAAACCGCGUAAACCGAACGUUUUCAUUGACGACGAGAAAUAUGCAAUGGCUAAGACGCUGGUCGCGCAGAAUGCAUCCACCAUGGAAAUAGCACGCGCACUGAAUGUCUCACAAAUGACCGCUUGGAAGGUACGCGAUGCCAUUGUCAAAGGAUUGCCGUUGUCAUAUCGCAACAAGAGAGAUGGUCGCAGUGCCUCAAAUGGGUCGAGUGUUUGUGGCGACGCGGCUGGCGGGGCUGUUACGGAAACUAUUGAGUCACAGAUGGCACAUCAAUUGCUCUUGCAACAGCAGCUGCAACAAGAGCAGUACCGACAAGAACAGCUACAGAUACAACAACAACAUCAGCAACAGCAGCAACAAAAACGUUUACAGCAACAACAGCAAGAGCGUUUGCGUUUACUGCAACGCCAACAGCAACAACUAAAAGCACAACAACAUUUACAAAAGCAACAACUACAGCAGCAGCAACAGCAGCUACAAGAACAACAACAACUUGCGCAACAACAAUUACUUGACGGACAACAUUACGCCACAUCACAACCAUCCGCCUCGCCGCCACAAUACGAGCAACCGGCCACCAGCACCACCACCACCACCACAGCGCCCGGGCCGGUGAAAUUCGUACAUCCGCGACGUCGUUUAAAGGCAGCCGAGCGCGAGCAACGCGACAAGGAGAUAACACGUGAGAUACUCGAACUCAUACGCGAAGACAGCAACAUACAGUAUUGGAAGGUGUCGGCACGCCUCGCCGAGAAAGGCUUCCCCAUUUCACCAUCUUCGGUCUGUCAGAAGCUCAAAUCGAUGGGCAUACAUCGACGCUGGAAGCCCGGCGACAAGCCACCCAUGAUGGUGGACAUGGAUCAGUUGAAGGCGGCAAGUGCCAUAGCCGGUAAUUUGGUGCCGCCACCAAAUGCGGCGGAAGAGGGUUACGAACAGCAGUUCGAUAUGGGUGGCGCACACUUUCUUAGUGCCUUUACGCGAUGAACAAAGCUACGCAGUGUGAAAAAGUGUAGUGUGAACAAGUGGAGACUUACUGCGUCUGGGGGGUGUGAGCUCACACAUUUAUUAAAACAAUAUUAAACCAAGAUCAAAGUUAAGAACAAGGAAUGCGUAUUAUAUAAUAUAUACUGUGGCAUGUAUACAUAUAUAUAUACACAUAUAUGUAUAUAGGAACAGUAUAUUUCGUGGUAAUCACAUAUAAUAAGACAGUAGUUAUAAUCUAGAGAUAGAAAAACUACAUAAAACAGUCGCAUGCAGGCAAAAAGUAUUCAAGUUCUAAUUAGUGUUAUGCAAAGUGACACAUUAUAGUUAAUAACUAAAGUAUUUAAGCAUAAAGUUUUAAGCAGAAAAGUGUAAAAUGUCUAACAAUGUCCAAGCAGAAGUAAAGUUACAGUAUUUGCAGGGAAGUUAGUUAAACUUUCAAAACUAAAUAUUAUUGAGUAAGCAGAGCCCUGCUGAUUUAUGAAAAAAACUGCUGUUGGACGAAUCAUUCCAGUUUACCUUUUGCUUUAAAAUUUAGCAUACAUACAUAUCCACAUUUAAUUAAUUACUGAACAAGUAUUAAACUUGAAAAAAUUUGAGAAAAAAGUCAUUAAAUGGCGAAAAAAGACAGCUUCCAUUUUUAUAUACACUCACAUAAAUAAUUUUUAGUACGCACAAAAUGAUUUCUGUCUCGCACAUAAGCAGCUAUAUACAUUUGUAUUUAUUUUAUGUUUAAAACACUCUACUAUACGUUAAUAUAUUUUGAAGUUGUAAGGAGGCAUAUAUGAAAGACUAGCUUGAACAAAAUAUUAGAAGACUCUAGCACGUAAUAGCUAUUUAUAGACACACAAAUACAUACAAUUUGCUACUUGCAUAAGUUCGAAAGGAAAUGGUAUCGAAGUCCAUUUAUUUUUUAGUUUAAGUUCAACGCUUUUGUUUGCAGAAUUUGGAACUACGCGUUUCGAAAACUGUUUGAAGAAUUGUUUAGCCUUUUAAUAAGCGAAAAAUCAGAGCCAUUAGUUUGCUGAGAUACUAAAAUAGAAUUCAUUUUACUUGAACUUGCAGCAAUUACAACAAAUAAAUGACUUUUUUGAAACAAUAAA